CAGCCGCAGUUCCAGUCAGUGAUGCGCUGCCGGGGACUUGGAGGCUGCUGCGAGUCGCGACACACAUUCCCACGGAAGGGAGAGCCUGCUGGGCUCUGCCGUGUGCUACAGCAGCUAAGCUACGAAAACCACACACGCUUUGCGUUCCCUCGGAUUGCUAGGAAGCUCGCUUAGCUCCAGACAGCGUGUGUUUGUAUCUUUUUAUGGAUUCAACUUUUACGUUCUUGAGGAUAAAAGGGGGGGUGCCUGAACACUGACGGCAUGGGCCAUUUAUUGUCUGGAUAUGCUCUGAAGUGAGAGACGCGAUCAGCAGCCACAGACGUUUCCUCGGACUUGCUGUCUGACUGUGACUCGUGGCAAAGGGCAUGGCAGGUUUCAAAAGGGGAUACGAUGGGAAGAUCGCCGGACUCUAUGACCUCGAUAAAACACUGGGCCGGGGCCACUUUGCAGUGGUCAAGCUGGCCCGUCACGUCUUCACCGGGGAGAAGGUGGCGGUGAAAGUCAUCGACAAGACCAAAUUGGACUCUGUGGCCACGGGGCACCUGUUCCAGGAGGUACGGUGCAUGAAGCUGGUGCAGCACCCUAACAUUGUGCGCCUCUAUGAGGUCAUUGACACUCAGACCAAGCUGUAUCUGAUUCUUGAGCUGGGCGAUGGCGGGGACAUGUUUGACUACAUCAUGAAGCAUGAGGAAGGCCUAAGCGAGGAGGUGGCCAAGAAGUAUUUUGCCCAGAUUGUUCAUGCUAUCUCUUACUGCCACCGGCUCCACGUGGUACACAGGGACCUCAAACCGGAAAAUGUGGUUUUCUUUGAGAAGCAGGGCCUGGUCAAACUGACCGAUUUUGGUUUCAGUAAUAAGUUCCAACCUGGAAAAAAGCUGACCACCAGCUGUGGCUCUCUGGCAUAUUCUGCUCCUGAAAUCCUGCUUGGGGACGAGUACGAUGCUCCCGCGGUUGACAUUUGGAGUUUAGGAGUCAUCCUUUUUAUGCUGGUUUGCGGUCAGCCUCCUUUCCAAGAAGCCAACGACAGCGAGACGCUCACCAUGAUCAUGGACUGCAAGUACACCGUCCCGAUGCACGUCUCCAGAGACUGCAAAGACCUAAUUAACAGGAUGCUGCAAAGAGACCCAAAGAGACGAGCGUCCUUGGAAGAGAUUGAGAAUCAUGCCUGGCUACAAGGGGUCGACCCGUCCCCGGCUACAAAGUACAACAUCCCACUCGUGUCUUACAAAAAUCUCUCGGAGGAAGAGCAUAAUGGAAUCAUACAGCGCAUGGUCUUGGGAGACAUCGCCGACCGCGAAACGAUUAUUGAGGCUUUGGAAACCAACAAGUACAAUCACAUCACCGCCACUUACUUCCUGCUAGCGGAGAGGAUCUUGAGAGAGAAGCAAGAGAAGGAAAUUCAGAACCGCUCUUCAAGCCCCAGCAAUAUUAAAGCGCAGUUCAGGCAGUCCUGGCCUACGAAGAUCGACAUGCACCAAGACAUUGAGGACAGCCUGGCAGCUUCAUCCAUCUCCCAUCCAGGUGUGCCACAGUCGCCAGCUCGAAGUACUGAGAACCUGCUCAAUGGGCAUCGGGCCAAAGGUCUUCUGGAUCUCGGAAGGCGAGACGAACCCCCCGAGCCCUCGCUGUUGUCACUGACCACUCCAGGCAGUUCCUCACUCCUUCCUCCUCCACUAAGCACGGCAGCCACACUGAAGCCAACCUCCACUGUGAGCGCGGCUGCUGCCAAGGGCCGGACCUGUCUCUUUCGGGUGGAAGAGGAUGAAGAGGAGGAGGAGGAAGAGCAGUGGUCAUCACCACUGCCCACUCAGGUUGUCCUCCGUCGCAAGCCCUCCAUCACCAACCGAUUGACGUCGCGCAAAAGCGCUCCGGUGUUGAAUCAGAUUUUCGAGGAAGAAGGGGAAUCGGACGACGACUUUGACAUGGAAGAGGGUCUGCCCCCCAAGCUGAGCCGCCUGAAAAUGAAUAUUGCUUCGCCGGGCACCGUCCACAAGCGGUACCACCGGCGUAAAAGUCAAGGACGGGGCUCCAGCUGCAGCAGCUCAGAGACUAGUGACGAUGACUCGGAGAGUCGCCGCCGCUUGGACAAGGACAGCGGCUUCACCUAUUCGUGGAACAGACGGGAUAGCAGUGAAGGCCCACCAGGCAAUUCAGGUGGCAAUGGGGGCAGCGGUGGAGGUGGUGGACAGAGCAGGCCUUCAGGAGAAGGCAACCCUGGGCCAGACAGAGGUAGCCCUUCAGGUGGAGGUGGAGGUGGCAGUGGGGGAGGAGGAGGCGGCGGCGGCGGAGGAGGAGGAGGAGGAGGAGGAGGAGGAAACAAAGGUGAGGGAAGCCCACCUAGCAGCUCCAGCGGAAGCACCAACAACACCUCGGGCUCCACCCGCAGUUGCUCUCAUUCGUCCCCUAAGACUGCAGGAGAGUUGGUGGAGAGCCUGAAGCUGAUGAGUCUCUGCUUGAGCUCCCAGUUUCAUGUUGGCAACGGCAAUGGAGGUGGGGGGGGCAAGUACAUCAUAGACCCCCAAAACAACUUGAACUUUUCUAGCGUCAAAGUGCAAGAGAAGUCAUCGUGGAAGAUGUGCAUCGGUUCCAACGGCAGCCUGGACAAGAGUUCGCCGUCGAGCGCGGCGGCCGCCCUCAGCGCAGCACUUAGCAGUAAGAAGUCUUACCCUGACCAAACGGCGAUCACCUUCAACGAGCUGGACCUGGCCAAGGAGAACAACAUGAAUCUGAAGAACAAUGUCCUGCAGCUACCUCUGUGUGAAAAGACAAUCUCUGUGAACAUUCAGCGGAACCCGAAAGACGGGCUGCUCUGUACCUCCAAUCAAACCAGCUGCUGCCAAGUGAUUUGACGGUUGCUGUGCCAGCUGUCUGUAGCAUAUCCUUACUUGACGAUACCAUUCUUCCAGUCGAGAACUGUGAAAAAAAACGUCUCGCGAACGCCCUCUUUUCAUUCGUCUUAAGCUUUUUUUAUGUAAUACGGCUUCAGGAGUUAUUUAUUGGAGAUUUUUAUUUUUGCCAUUUAGAUUGACAAUGCAUGAAGGGCUGCAUGCUGCUCGAUUCCUCUUUGGUUUUUCUGCCUCGUUUAACUAACACCUUCCUUCCUUCCCUUCUUCUGUUUUUAUGCCCCCAAUUUGUUUUGUCGUUGUGUCAUCUGCUCUCCCCUCUGUGUGUCUGUGUGUGUGUGAAGAGGUGGAAAUACAAACUUUGGGCUUGCACUUUUUUGACCAAAAACUAAGGAGAAAAAAAAUAAAUACAGAAAGUCCAGGGGGGCCAAAUGCCGACGGCUUCAUAGUCAGCACUUAAGGAGAAAUGAAAUAAAGGGUCAAAAAAGAGCGCGGCCCUCCACGCUCUGUGGAAUGUGAGGGUUAAGUGGAAGAGUUUGUGUCCGACGGAGAACCAAAGCAAUAACGACGUAACCACGAAGGAAGCUCUUGGCCUCCCUUCUGGUAUUCCACGGCUUUUUU